AUUAUCUAUGCCACCCAAUAAACAUAAUUAUCAUCAUUAAAUGCAUCAAUGUAGUCGAUGAGCGAAAUUAUUCUACCCAAACAAUCGUUCUUGAACAGGGAGCGAUUCUUUGCCACAGUAUAAAACUAAACCGUUGAUAAAACAGCAAUAGGGAAUCAAAAUUGGAGAUAAACAACAAAGCCCUAACUGAUGUCCUCGCGCGUUAUUUCGCAAUUGAUCCGACCGACCUCGCCGGUGUCUUGCCUUCUGUCGAUCGAUUGAACUCGCCGUCGUCCUGGUAUCUCGAUUGGUUGAACUUUGCAUCCUCCUUCCCUCAAUCGGCGUCGCUUAUUGUGCCUCCAGUCUCAAUUUAUUGCUUAUAAUUCUAAGGAAAUAAUGAAGAUCAAAAGUAUUCUCUAGGAACCAAGGCUGCAUGGCUUUCGUGGCUAAAGCUGCAUAAAUGGAGGAAACUAUUGGCAUGCAGAGUUUCCAAAUAUAUCAAAUCUUUUCUGGGGAUUGAUUCCACAUCCUCCAAUGAUAAAUCUCAAGGUUCCUUCCUGUCCAAUUAUAGCUUAUAGGCCUAUCCGACCAUCUGACUUGGUGGUUCUUGAAAAAAUUCAUGGCGACCUGUUUCCAAUAAGGUAUGAAUCUGAGUUCUUCCACAAUGUUGUAAAUGGAUGUGAUAUCGUCUCAUGGGGGGCUGUGGAUCAAAGUCAGCCCAAUGCACAGAGUGAUGAACUUAUUGGAUUUGUCACUGCAAGAAUUGUUUCAGCAAAAGACAGUGAGAUACAAGAUUUAUUGAGCUUUGAUUCAUCCAAAACAGACCAAACCUUGGUAUACAUCUUAACACUAGGAGUUGUAGAAUCCUACAGAAAUCUGGGGAUAGGCAAUUCUCUCAUCCAUGAGGUUAUCAAGUAUGCUUCAAGCAUCUCAACUUGCCGAGCUGUUUAUCUACACGUCAUAUCAUACAAUAUUCCAGCAAUGCAUUUGUACAAGAAAAUGUCGUUUCAGUGCUUAAGGAGGCUGUACAAUUUUUAUUUUAUUAAUGGACAGCACUAUGAUUCAUACCUAUUUGUUUGCUACGUGAAUGGCGAGCGAUCACCCUGCUCACCGCUAGAACUUGUUACAGUAUUUGUUGCAUAUGUAAAGAGCGGGCUCAAAUGCGUGGCUGCAAUGCUGUGGAAAAACGAAGAGAGGAAGAAUUCCAAGUGGUUGAAAUGCAAAGACUCUGGCAGCCUUCUCCCAACAGUGCAGAACAAAAGAGUAGUAGCUGGAGAGGGUGGAUGUAGGCCUCAGUUUGUAUAAUGUAUGAUGAAUACAUAUCUUAUAUGUAAGAGGGGUAAGGAUCUUCGCCUUUAUCCGCCUGCUUGCUAAUUUGGUGGCGAUAGUCUGUGUCGAUGAUAGGUGCAAAGGUACAAAUUACAUGAUGAGGUCAUUUGCCUUUGGGAGUUUAGGCUGGUUGGUAUAUGUGGGAACAGUGUCAUGAGGCGGGGCAGUUCUUGCGCAAAAGCCGCCUGAAUUCAUACCAAUACAUAAUGUUAAUCUUCUCUUCUAUCA